CACGGUGAAACCAAUAAAGCCCUGCUUCACAAACCCUACUUCACAAACCCUACUCCCCUUCUCACUUCCGUCUCCUCUCUCCUCCAUUUUCGCACUUGUCGCCUCCGCCGCAUCUUCGAUACCUAUCAACAGCUUGCCACCGGUGAGCCGCCAUGGUGCACGUCGUCCACUUCACCGGCUAUUCAAAGACAUUUAAGAAGCCCCGUCGUCCUUAUGAGAAGGAGCGAUUGGAUGCUGAGUUGAAGCUUGUGGGAGAGUACGGGCUUCGCAACAAGAGGGAGCUUUGGAGGGUUCAGUAUGUUUUGAGCCGUAUCCGUAAUGCUGCAAGGCAUCUUCUAACUCUGGAUGAGAAGAACCCUCGUCGUAUCUUUGAGGGAGAAGCUCUUUUGAGGAGGAUGAACAGGCAUGGGCUUUUGGAUGAGGGACAGAACAAGCUCGAUUAUGUGUUGGCUCUCACUGUUGAGAACUUCUUGGAGAGACGUCUUCAAACUCUUGUCUUCAAGUCUGGAAUGGCCAAGUCUAUUCAUCAUGCUAGGGUGCUCAUUAGGCAGAGGCACAUCAGGGUUGGGAGACAGGUGGUGAAUGUUCCCUCAUUCAUGGUUAGGGUGGACUCUCAGAAGCACAUUGACUUCUCCCUAACUAGUCCCUUUGGCGGAGGCCGCCCAGGUAGAGUGAAGCGAAAGAACCAGAAUGCAGCAGCAAAGAAGGCAUCCGGGGGUGAUGGUGAUGAGGAAGAUGAAGAGUGAGUGAGUGAGCUAUAACAGACAGCUCUUUUGUAGUUGUAGGUUUGAGUCAUUAAAUUUUUAUGGCACUAUUGUUCCCCUAAGAGAUCGACCCACCAAUUUUCUUGUUUCAGUUGGACUGGUUUUGUUCUUAUAUCAUCUUAGAAAUUUUUGAGGAGUUGAUUUUCUUGUGCUGAACUAUUAGAAUUUUACCUUUGCUGUUGAAUCCACAUUGCUCUGCUCUUGUCAA